AUGGGCCCUGCAGUUACGCCUAGAAUACGUCGAACGGCGCAGAAUACACAGUUUACAUACAACUUGUCACGCCGAGUCAACGAUGUCCAGACAUACCCCGUCCAAUCCCCUCAGGGAGCUACCAUAUUAAUCUAUGGACAUGACAACGGCGUAACUUUGGUCUGGCGAGGCGGUCGACGUUUCAAAGCUUCCCAGGAGGCCUCGAAGCAACCGACAAAUCAUAAAGAGCAGAGAAAUGGAGCUUCCGAAGACUCUGUCAUGAUUAUUGAUUCAGAUGAUGACGAACCGCCGGCGAAAUCACAGACUGCCCAGAGCUAUGUCGACAAGCCCGAGUUCGAAGACACCAUCGAACGGAAUCCCUACCCCGAAACUAUUCAGACAUUGGACCUAGCUUUCGGGACGGCUGUGUUGAAAGUUGCUGUAAUGCCUCUGGUACCAUGUUCUUCAGCUGAAGCGGCAUCCAACGGCGAGCCAAUCUUGGCCGAAAAGAUGGUAUUCGCGGUGUCCUGCGCCACAAACGAUGCCUAUCUUGUCACUUUGCCCUUGACGCCGCCCUCUCCCCAAAGCAAGGCGCGACCGGAACUCAGAGCAGAUCUCUUGGCUGGGCAAGCUGGAUCUGGGUCCUGGGGCGAAUCUCUGACGCUUCUUGGUGGCCAGACAAAACACAGCGACGGUCUAGCCAUCACUCUGAUUGCCCCCAGAUCUAUCGAAUCAUCAAGCAAGGCGCCAAGGGCAGUGGUAGCCGCCUUCUCAAGACAAGCAUCUGGCGUUCUGCAUCUGUGGGACAUCGCGUUAGAAGACAAGAUGUCUUCCCAACGGCCAAUUGAGCCCUUCCAAAGCGAGUUUCUCCCUGCUCCACUCACUAGCAUCUCAUUCAACCCCACAAAUGCUUCACAGCUCCUUGCGGUAUCGUCACCUCACGCUGUAAGGAUAUACGAUUUUGCGCAGCCAUCAUUACCCCCGGACUUGGAUGCCCGAGGACCCUUCCCGGCUCAAGGCUCGUGGCUGCUCUCAUUAUACCAGCCAUUUGCCAAAAUCUCUUCCUCACGCAAGCCAAUACUGGAUGCCGCAUGGAUAGCUCAUGGCCGGGCAGUCUUCGCCUUAUUAGCAGAUGGCAUGUGGGGUAUCUGGGACAUUGAAGGCGCGAAACCGCUGCAAUCGGGAGCCGCUAUAUCGAGUAAACUGAAAUCGGGUGUUCAGGGGGCUGCCUUGACUGCCUUUAGUGUCUCGGGAUAUGUUGAGGGAACAGGCGCACUACGCACCAUUGCGACGCAGCAGAAAGACAAGCACGCUGGUGACUUUGCACCUAUGACGCCCCAUACCCGCAAACAGGCCGCCACGUCAUUGAAUGCCGCCACAAGCCUCGAUCGCCUAUUUGCAGUUCGUGGAGGUAUAAAGGUCAUUGGGCUUCCUUCAACUCCUGGCAAAGCACUCCAAGAUGAGAGCUUAGCUCUGUGGAUAGGGGGGCUAGAACAUGUCUGCGUCAUUCCAGGGGUGUUGAGAUUCUGGGAUUCACAACUACGAAGAGGAUCUGGUGGCGGCGUCAAUCUAUUCAGCGGUGCUCAACCCACAAGAAUGGUCAAGCUGGUUGAUCUUACCACUGGUCUUUUAGGAGAAAGAUGUUGUGGAGUUGGUCUGAUUCCGGAUACUUGCAAUAACGAUGACGAUAGUCCCGACGAUGGUGGUCUCCCCGUUGACGUACUCAUCCGAGGAGAAUCAAGAAUAGUCAUUGUGCGAGAAGGAGAAGACGGCCGAGGAAGAAAGAUUGGCGACGUCGUUGCUAGCCGCAGGAAACGCCUGUUUUCAAGAAAUGAGAAAUCGGAAGCCAUCAUAGUUCACGGCAAGCAGGACCGAUCAGCAAGCUUGUCAUUCAACUUGAGUACUGUGAAACCGGGAACUCUUAGGCAUAAGCAGGCUGUCAGAGAUGAGCUUGAAGGAAACGGGAACGGAAAUGGAAACGGAGCGACUGAUAGAUCGGAUGACGUGCCAACUCCGAUAACUCGAUCGCGCGCCGGCUUUGGAUUUGCUGAUACUUUGAGUGCAGCGGCAGACGUCACAUCUGAUUUCACUGCCCGGAACGUGGAAGCGGAAAUGCUUGAUAUCAUGGAGAUUGAUCAAGCAUUAAAUAACAUGGAGGAUGAUAGAGGCAGCGGGAGGAAGAAAGUGUUCUUUGAGGAAGACUGA